AUGUCUCGAAUUGUGACAGCUUUCAAUAUUACGGUUGUGGAAUAUUUUCGAAAAACCAGUCUCAAUGGUUUCGGUCUGCUUUACUUUAUCAGAAAACGUAAAAUUCAGAGAAUCUUUUGGUUUUUGUUUAUUAGCUUUGGCAUACUUUUUGCUGGCUAUGCCGUAUUCGAAAUGAUUCUGGAUUUUCUCAGCUACUCAACUGUUACAGAUCUCUCGGAAUUUAAAGUAGCAGAAGAGGAAAUGCAUUUUCCUGAGCUAAAAAUAUGUAGUGGGUAUAGAUUUAGUCGCAGGAAAGUGCUUAAUUACGUAGAGGAUUUGGGUAAUCCUAAUAACAAAUCCCAGGAAUUUUUGAAGGAAUUGUCAUUGCUUUCUGGGUAUUUUGCUCCUUUGUCUGUUGAUUCAGAGGAGGUUUUCCAAGUAAAUGCUUUUCUAGAUAUAAAGAAUAUUACUUCUCUUUUAUUGAGCUUAACUCCCGCUUGUGAAUCUUUAAUAUUAAGUUGCAAAGUUAAUAAAAUCUCGACGAAUUGUUCAGAGUUAUUUAUAUUAAAGGCUACCAGUCUAGGCAAUUGCUGUGUUUUAAGCAAGGGAAAUCUCACAGGAGAACUUUCCCUUUUUCUAGAUUCCUCACAAGAAGAUGAAUUUCCUUUAAAAGAUAACUUUCCCGGCUUUAGUUUACAUGCUCCAAGUUGGCUGGGUAGAAUUAGCAUUAACCCUGGCGAAAUGGCAGCUAUACAAGUUGAAGUUAUGGAACUUCAGGGAAAUCCUCAAUUAAAAGAGUAUGCCAUAGAAAAGCGAGGUUGUUAUUUUCCUCAAGAGGGUGAAAGUGAGGAGAAGUGCCUCAAUGAGUGUAGAAUAAAAGCCACGUUAAUUAAUUGCCAGUGUGUGCCAUAUCCAUUCGAGUUGAGCAAGAAGAACUUUAAACAUUGCACUUUGGAGAAUAUAAGUUGUUUGCAGUUGGUCGAGAAGAAUUGGUCGCCAUCUCAGUGUCCCGAUUGUUUGCCGCUCUGCAAUCAAUUGUUUUAUAGACUAAAGAAACAAGUCGAGGGCAAAUUGCAUCCUUGGAGGAGUGAAUUGAAUUUUAAAUUCAAAACACCACAUCGCCAGCUGUACAAAACAAUCACACUCUACCAUUGGUAUCAGAUGCUGUCAAACAUCGGUGGUGUUCUGGGCAUUUGCAUUGGCUGCUCCUUCAUCAGUUUCUUCGAGUUGAUCUACUUCAUGGUCUUUCGUUUAUGGUCCAACUAUCUUCGGCAGCCAGAGAUUUAA